UACCAUCGUCGUCUCUCUCUCUUGCCAAACUCUGUAUUGUAGGCGGAACUACAGCUAGCUCCAAGAGCCUUUUCCUCUUUGCUUUCUUCAAAUUCGAUCUACUCUUGUUAACCAUGUCGUCGAAGAGAAAGACUAAGGAGCCUAAGGUUGAGACUGUGACUCUUGGACCUACUGUUCGUGAGGGAGAGCAAGUUUUCGGUGUUGUUCACAUCUUUGCUUCAUUCAACGACACUUUCAUUCAUGUUACUGAUUUGUCUGGACGUGAAACACUUGUCCGUAUCACUGGUGGGAUGAAGGUGAAAGCUGACAGAGAUGAAUCCUCACCUUAUGCUGCUAUGCUUGCUGCCCAAGAUGUUGCUCAGCGAUGCAAGGAACUUGGAAUCACCGCCAUUCAUGUGAAGCUCCGUGCCACAGGUGGAAACAAGACCAAGACACCUGGUCCUGGAGCCCAGUCUGCUCUUAGAGCCCUUGCUCGUUCUGGCAUGAAAAUUGGCCGUAUCGAGGAUGUUACUCCCAUCCCAACAGACAGUACCCGCCGAAAGGGUGGUAGAAGGGGAAGGAGGCUCUGAGUUUUUGGGCUUUAUGGGAGCGUUUCUAUUUAGCUCCACCAUGUGUUUCAUUUUGUCAGAACAAUUUGUUUGAAGUUUGUUAGAUUGUGAAAGAGUUUUGGAGUUGAAUGAUUUUUGUUAAUUUGAGAAACAAUGCUUUUUUAAUAUGACGCGUCUAUUGGCUUUUUUA